AUAUCUGCACUAAUACCAUUCUGCUCCUGACCAUCAUUAUCUUCAUCAUUCUCUUCAACAUCAUCAUCAGCAGUCAUGAUCUAUCGUUCUCUCCUGCUGGUUCUGCUGGUUCUUGCCUGCCUUCAGUCCUUCACAACAGCCAACAAUGGAAAAGGACCAGAUCAGUGCUGUACCGAUUUUGUGAUACAACCAAUCCCUGUAAGAGUCAUUACAGCGUAUGCAGUAACAGAUAUUCAGUGUCCAAAACCUGGAGUCAUCUUUACUCUACAGAAUGGUCGUCAUGUGUGUGCAGAUCCCGGCUUCAAGUGGGUGAAGCAUCACAUGUACAGAAUUAAGGAGCGUCUGUUUAACAGUCUGAACAAACCUACAGGGAGUUUAAAUUCUCUCUCCAAGUAAUGAAUAAUUAUUUUAUAAAAUGGACUUUUUACAUAAUCAGACAGGAGAAACAAAGCUUUUAGUUAUAAACUUAAAUAUAAUCUGAUUUAUUCUACAGACUGUUAACAUGAAUUCAUUUACUUUUUAUUGACAUUUCUCUGCUUUAAAAGAAAAUCAUGUUGGUUGCAUUCAAACAUUUAACAAGUUUAUGUACAACACUAAUAUAUUAAUAUAUGUAACAUACACACAUAUGUCUGAUCAGUGUGUUUGUGUUUUCUCCCA